AUGGGGCCCCCUGGUGUUAAUGGAUCCUCCCAUGGUGUUAGUGGAUCCUUCCCUGGUGUUAGUGGAUCCCCCCUGGUGUUGGUGUUUUUCAGGUACAGUUUCGUGCUGCUGGGUCUUCUGGCUUUCGUGUGUGCCAAUUCCGGCUACGUAUUGAAGGACAAGGACGACGCACUUGGCGACACCGACGACCUUCCAGAACUGGUCGUCUUCGAAAACGACGAUGGGGACAGGGCCGAACAGAGCGAUGUUGCUGACAUUGAACUAAGGAGAAACAGCCGCCAGAAGCACGGACGCGGCCACCAAGGACGCGGCCACCAAGGACGCGGACACAAACACGGACACGGUCAGGGACACGGACACGGACACGGACACGGUCAGGGACACGGACAUCAUCAUAGACACACAACCAGGAGGACAAGGAGGACUACUAAAACCACCACUCCAACCACUACUAGAACAACUACCACAACUCCAACCACUACUAGAACAACUACCACAACUCCAACCACUACUAGAACCACUACCACAACUCCAACCACUACUAGAACAACUACCACAUCUCCAACCACUCUUAGCACAACGACCACCACUCCAACCACUACUAGCACAACGACCACCACUCCAACCACUACUAGCACAACGACCACCACUCCAACCACUACUAGCCCAACUACCACCACCACAUCAAUGUAA